ACGAACAUUUCAACAUGAUCUGGUCCUGUGUCACACUUCUAAAGCAGUCAAGACGUUCAUGGAAGAAAACAUUAAUGUGCUUCAGUGGCCUCGUAAUUCAUCCGACUAAAAUUCCACUGAGAAUUUGGGGAUUAUUGUUAAAACGUGUCUUGGUAAAGCGGACUGAUUAAUAAAGAACACAUUUUAGUACAUGCGGUAAAAGUGUGGUUUCAUGGCGAUGAACAUCUACGAAACAUUUGCUCUAACCUGAUCAAAUCUAUGCCACAAUGUGUUCAGAAGCUCAUUAAAGCAAAAGGAGGAUGUAUUAGUUAUUAAUAGUCACUGAGGUACUAAGGAUACUGUACAUAUAGUAAUAGUUAGUUAGUUAGUUUCAUGUUCCAUGGAUCAUUUUGCAUGACAGAUUGUAAUGAUGUGGAACGAGUCACUUUACAUUCACAAGUACAUAGUUCAAGUUUAUCAUUGUGUCCUAAUUAAUUUGUGCACUACUGCGUGUUAUUUUGCCCUACUCGCGUCCAAAGGUACUAAGAUAAACAAUGGACAAUUCAUUUCAGAAUAAAAACCGUUUUGGUUGUGAAAUUAUUUAAUAUCAAUGACACACUUCACCCUUUUGGGGUGUCAUCAGAUUGUGUAAAAGUAGCUAGAUAUAAAACUCAUAUGUCCAAAAGCCAUAUAAAAUGGAAAAUAGAUGCAACAGUAACUGGAUAUGUAAUCCAUUUGUUGGAAAAACUGUAAAAUGCAAGGUGGAUCUCCAACACACCAGUUGACUCUGCCACAGUAGUACAAAAUAGGGACAUGUUUACAAGUAAAUGCGGUAGUACAGUAGUAUUUGUGUGCAGCUCAUACUGUGUUUAUUUUGUAAGCAUUUUCAAGGCCCACCUUGCCUUUUCUAUGUUUUUAUGAUGGAUGGAGAAUAUAUUCAGUUACUGUUGCAUCUACUUUCCAUUUUAUAUGGCUUUAUGAUGGAUUUGUUUCAUAUCUAGUUACUUUCACACAAUCUGAUGACGCCCCAAAAGGGAGAAUCAUGUCAAUGAUAUUACAUUAUUUCACAACCAAACCCUUUUUAUCCUGAAAUAAUUCGAGCCUGGUUGCUGUAGCACCCUGCCACAACUGAAUGGAACAAUUUUAAGUGCUCAGUUCACCUUUUACCGUCUUCACUCCUUCCGUUUUCUCCCAGUAUUCUGUGAUUUUGCGCAAACCUCUGGAAAUGAAAUCCUGGCUUGGAGACACACUUCCUAUAAUUCUCCAUCUUCAUGUUAUUUCUGUAGUUAGGUUUAUUUAUAUCACUCAUAAGUACUACGGUCUUGAUGAGCCUAAACCCAAUUAUCACUAUAAAUUCUUCUAUAAAUGAGCUAUUGAUGAAAAAGUACAGGUAAGUUUUCACAGUAGUAACCAUAUCAAUAAUUACUCCUGUACUACGUGAUUGACUUACAAUCUAUUUUGUCUUAUGUGGUCCUCACAUGCUCCACAUUACAUUAUUGUGUCAAUUGGUAUUUGCCAAUGUGGAAUGCAUAUGUAUUGCGAAUGAGAUGCUUGCCUUGCAAAACACAAGAACAAAUUACGCAGAAUGGGUGAAACAAGUCCGAGAAGCUUUCUGUGAGCAUUUCAGUGGAUUAGAGGCUUUUUCAUAGCAGUAUUUGUUAAUCAAGAACAACAAAUGGUUCAAAUGGCUCUGAGCACUAUGGAACUUAAGAUCUGAGGUCAUCAGUCCCCUAGAACUUAGAACAGUAAGGGGACCACACUGUGGUUCAGGUUGAAAAAAAAUCGAUUUUCAGUUUUCCUCAAAUUUCGAUAGAUUAAGGUUUUAUUUAAGUACUCUGUAAAGGAUUCCGAUGGAAAAAAUUUUUUGGGGUAUUUAAAUAGCAUUUUCCUACCAUGUGUGAGUAUGUGCUGUGCCCACUUUUCUGUCACCCACUUUUCUGCAUACAUUUAGAUCUUUAUAUCCCCUACAUUGCACGUUAGGAUUUUUUUUUUUUUUUUUUUUUUUUUUUUUUUUUUGUUCCUGAGUGUGUUGGCUAUCCUUAUAAUGUAACGGUCAAUAUUCUUUUGUUUCUGCUGUUUGUAAACAACACGCUUUCAAACAUGUGGCUAGUUUUGUUCAAGUGUGAUUAUGAGUAGUUGUUAUAGAAAACUUGCAGGUAUGCUAUGAGCAGGCAAUUAGGAGAAAUAAAGACAAUCUGGAGGCAAUGAAGAGAGAUAUUUGUGCCAUAUUCUUCCAUAAGUCCUCUACUGAUGAAAAGCCAUGUCAUGGAUUGGUUCCAUCAGGAGAAAAUUCGUGGUGCAAAUACAAUAGGGCUCAGGCAACUGGAGAAUCUUAUUCUCACCAGCAUUCUCUUCCUGCUGCUGUUAUUACAGCAAUUAAACCUAUUUUCAGAGACUUGGCUCGUCCUGACCUUGUAAGGAAAUGUCUGCAUGGGCAGAGACAGAACCCAAAUGAAUGUUUCAACAGCAUAAUUUGGAACCACCUUCCUAAAACUGUAUUUGUAGGCAUGCAUACAAUGAAACUAGGAGUUCAUGGUGCUGUUAUUACAUUCUGUUGUGGUAAUAUUGGAAAGUGUUGGGUACUGAAAAAGCUGGGAAUUAAUCCUGGUGAAAAUAUGAUCACUGGGCUGCAACACUGCGAUAAAAUGAGGAUAACCGACGCAAACAGGUCUGCAUUUAAUAUGGCCAAGAAAGCAAGACAAACAUCCAGGAAGGUGAAAAAGGAGCUAGAAGACCAGCUAGAGGCCAAAGAAGGGCCAUCACAUGCAGCAGGACAGUUUUAAUUAAUUGUAACAAAUUUCAAAAGUUUUCCUUUAAAGUCAAUUUCCUGCAAACUAAAAUUUUCAGUACAUAUGCCCCAUUCUAUCAGAAACUAUAACAGAUAAAUGAAUGAAAUUUUCAGAGACCCUGCAUAACACAAAAAGCCACCUCUGGUACUACAUUCAUUAAUAUUCCCCCAUUAGGAAGGUCACAAAAAUAUAUUUUCUGCAGAAAAAACUUAUUUUUUGUUAAUAAAUUUUAAAAAGUAUUUCUUAAAAACUACAAAAUGGAUAAAGUAGAUUUUAGUACAGAUGACUCUAUUAGCAUCAUGUAACAUACAGUAAAAAUAUUAAGGUCCUGCAUCAAAUAGUUUUUUUUUUUUUUUUAAAUGGGUCAAAUACUUCCCUAAAUUAACAUGGGUUAGAUAGGCAGGGUGUGGUCCCCUUAAACCUAACUAACCUAAUGACAUCACACACAUCCAUGCCCGAGGCAGGAUUCACACCUGCGACCAUAGCAGUUGCACAGUUCUGGAAUGAAGCGCCUAGAACCACUCAGCCACUGAGGCCAGCAAAGGACAACAUCUACUUACAAAUCAAUAACAAGAAAAUUGCAUAAUAUGUCUUGUACUUGUGCUGUUCUAAGUAUUGUUGCAAAUGAAAGAAAGCAAUUUUGGUGAGUGAAUCCUUCCGAUGAUGUUACAUGUGUACUGAGACAACUGCUGGACAAAAAUUAGUAUGUAUGAUCACUGGGCAUCUGAUAUGAUCUUAUUUAUUAAUCCUGAGAACUGUUACAAGAAAAAUAAACAUUACUGCUUACUGUCAUGACACUAUGAUCUUCAGUUUCCUCUGUUAUUGUGGACAACAAUUUAUCUGCCAUAUCCUGAUCCAUCAUCAAUUUCAUUUAUUUUAUGUUACACAUGGUGCUAUGAUAUACAUCUUUCAGAUCAUUUUCUGGUCUUUUGGCAUUUAUCAGUUUCAGUUAUUCACAAUAAUUAAUUCAGAGCUAGUUGAAUUUCUCUUGGUCUCAGCAGGAACUGACUUCUGUUGUGCAAUACUACUCUUACAUAGCACAAUAUACUGUGCAAUUUAAUGAAUGAACAUCAAUCAUAAUUGUUUUACAGCAGUUGCAACAUAGACACAGUGCUGAAAUAGAUAGAAAGCAGCACAUGUACAUAAUAAAUUCCAAGGAAGGGCCCCCAGUGCACUGAAAUAAUCGCAGAAGGCCUCUCAGUCGUUUUUGCUCCUCCUGCUUAUAUUUAACCAAACAAGCAACUCAAUCACUGUUGCACAAGACUGAUCACUGACAUGUUCCCAAGAAGGCAAUGUUCUAAUAUUGCACAAUAAUAUAAUGCUGUUCUUGGCAUUGCACUUUCACAUUAUACUGACACAAUAUUGAGAAUGAGGAAGUGAAGGGUAAAUGGAUACAACACUUACCUAUAUCUUUGAUAAUCACCAUGACGUAAACCAUGCUGCUGCUGAGAAUCUUUGAUGAUUUUCA